AGUUUGUAGAACAGUCCGGUUUCCCAACGCAGGAGUUGAGCGCAAUGAGUGAGCAAGACGCGGGAGGAGAGCGCAAGGAGUGAGCAAGACGCGGGAGGAGAGCGCAAGCAGCAAGCAAAAGCAGCUGAGAAACCCUCCUGUCCCUAGUCGGUAGAGCCCGCGCCAGGUUACCAUGGCAUCUGGACCCACCAUGUUGGUCCCCCAGUGUCUGGUGGAAAAUAAGAAUGAGCAGCUGUCUGUGAACCGGAAAGCCUUAAAGAUUCUUUACAAGAUUUCUCAGCCCGUGGUGGUUGUGGCUAUUGCAGGGCUGUAUCGUACAGGAAAAUCCUACUUGAUGAACCGUCUGGCAAGAGAGAACAUUGCAGGCUUCCCUCUGGGCUCCACGGUGCAGUCUGAAACCAAGGGCAUCUGGAUGUGGUGUGUGCCCCACCCCUCCAAGCCGAACCACACCCUGGUCCUUCUGGACACCGAAGGCCUGGGGGAUGUGGAAAAGAGUGACCCCAAGAACGACUCAUGGAUCUUCGCGCUGGCCGUGCUCCUGAGCAGCUGCUUCGUCUACAACAGCAUGAGCACCAUCAACAAUGAUGCCUUGGAGCAGCUGCACUAUGUGACAGAGCUCACAGAACUAAUCAGGGCAAAGUCCUCCCCAAACCCUGGUAGAGUAGAAGAUGCCCCAGAGUUUGCAAAUUUCUUUCCAGACUUUAUUUGGGCUGUACGGGAUUUCACCCUGGAACUGAAGUUACACGGCCAUCCUAUCAGCGAAGAUGAGUACCUGGAGAAUGCCUUGAAGCUGAUUCCUGGUGAGAAUCCCAAAGUUAAGAAUUCCAACAAAUCCAGGGAGUGCAUCAGGCAUUUCUUUCCAAAACAGAAGUGUUUUGUCUUUGACCGGCCAAAAUAUGAAAAAGAGUUCCUAGCCCAUAUUGAAUAUGUAUUAGAAAACCAACUGGAUCCUAAAUUCCAGGAACAAUCAAAUAAUUUCUGUUCAUAUGUCUUCACCCAUGCAAGGACUAAAACCCUCAGGGAGGGAGUCAGGGUCACCGGGAAUCGGCUGGGCACUCUGGUGGUGACCUACGUGGAUGCGAUCAACAGUGGAGCGGUGCCUUGUUUGGAGAACGCAGUGACAACGCUGGCCCAGCGUGAGAACUCGGCGGCCGUGCAGAAGGCAGCCGACCACUACAAGGAGCAGAUGACCCAGAGAGUGUGGUUCCCCACAGACACGCUCCAGGCACUGCUGGAUGUCCAUGCAGACUGUGAGAGGGAAGCUGUGGCAGUCUUUAUGGAGCACUCCUUCAAGGACGAAAACCAGGAGUUCCAGAAGAAACUCAUGGAAAUCAUAAAGAAUAAGAAGGAAGAUUUUAUACUGCAUAAUGAGAAGGCAUCUGUUGAUUACUGCCAGGCUAUACUGAAUCGCCUUUCAGAGGCUCUGAUGGAAAAUAUUGCAGCAGGAACUUUCAAUGUCCCUGGAGGCCACAAACUCUACCUAGAAGCGAAGAAAAGGAUUGAACGGCAAUAUUGGCAAGUUUCCAGGAAAGGAGGAAAGGCUAAUGAAGUCCUCCAGAACUUCCUGCAGUCACAGGCAGCAAUAGAGAACUCGAUCCUGCAGUCAGAUAAAGCCCUCACCAAGGGAGAAAGGGCAAUAGCAGUGGAGCGGGCCAAAAAGGAGGCAGCUGAAAAGGAAGAGGAGCUACUAAGACAGAAACAGAAGGAGCAGCAACAACAGAUGGAGGCUCAAGAGAGGAGCCUCAAGGAAAACAUAGCCCAACUAAAAUACAAGUUGGAGAGGGAAAGAGACAACAGUUUGAGAGAGAUGGAAAGGCUGCUGGAUCAUAAGUUGAAGAUGCAAAAAGAUAUGCUUACUGAAGGAUUUAGGAAGACAUCUGAGAAGAUGAAUGCAGAGAUAAUUCAUCUGAGAAAGGAAAUUGAGGCUACCAGAAAUGAUAAAACUCCCUGGAUUUCCAGGACCCUGGACAGACUUGCCAUUGAAGCAACUUCAAUCCUCUCUGUUCCUGCUAAAGUAGUUGGUCUCGGUCUGAAAGGCCUGAGCUCACUAUUUAAAUAGAAUUAUCUUCUCUUUUGAGGAAAGUAUAGAAUGUAGAUAUAUGCUCUGACCUAUUCUUAGUGUGUUUUUCACUUUUAUUCAGCAGUUUUAAACAUAAAAGUGCCUACUGGGGAGAUCAGUGCCAGGCAUACAGUAGAUAGACUAAAUGUUAAACUUUAUUGUUUAGUUUAAAGGGAAAAAUAAAUGACCGUUUAGAACCAGGCUUGUCAAACUCCAGUCUAUGGGCCAGAUCUGGCCUAAUGCAUGUUUUUGUAGAUAGUUUUAUUGAAACAUAGCCAUGCUCAUUUGUUUAUGGCUGUUUUCAUACCGCUGCAGCAGAGUUGAGUAGUUACAAAAACACACUGUAUGUCCCUCAAAGUUCAAAAUGUUUUAUUUCUAGCUCUUGAGAGAAAAGGUUUACCACCCCUUGGUUUAGUAGUUAGAAUGGAGAAAGAGAUCAAAUUUGCAAUAGAAGUGAAAAAAAAAGAUCUUGGAGUGAAUUUUUCAAGAAGGCUAUUGAAAGUCACAAAAGAAGAAUUAUACAGAAUACACAUAUUCAGCUCAAUUCUCCCUAAAUUCAUCUAUAAAUUUAAUCUAUUCUGAGAUGUAAAGAUGUUUUAAUGGAGGUAUGCAGUCUAGCUUCAGAAAAGUUUAAAAUGAAGUGCUAAAAUAUUUUAAAACAUUUAGGCUGUUCUGCCUUGAUUACCAGUAUAAUAUGGAAGAAGAUAAUUAAGAAGGACCACAUUUGCUCCAAAUGAAAACCUGUUAUAGAGCUGCAAUAAUUAGACCAUAUAGCACUGAGGCAUAACAAUACAGGCAGAGCAACAAAACAGAGAUACAAAUAAACUUAAAAAAACUGUUAAUCUUAAAGUUUUUUUUCAGGUCAGUAUUAAAUGAUGAACUGUUCAAUAAAUUGUCUGAGUCAACUGACUAGUCAUCUAGAGAAAAUAGAGAUUAGAUUAUAUAUUUUACAACAAUGUGAAUUUCAGAUUGACCAUAGACUUAAACAUGAAGAUUGAAACCAUAAAAUUGGUAUAUAUCAGAUCAUUUAAAAAAUAAUCUUGAAUGUGGAUGUCCUUUCUAGUGUCACAUAAAACACAGAACACAUAAAUACAUACAACAGUGGAUAAUAUGAAAUAAAUCCUUUAUGUCAAAAGGCGGAAGACAAACAGCAAUCUGAAAAUAUAUUUACUACUUAAAUAAUAUAAAAAGAGCUAAUUUGUCUAUAUCCAGAAGGAAAUCAAAACUCAGUAUUUAUGAACAUAUAGUUCAUAGAAUGUAAAUAAAAAUAUUCAACCUCACUCAUAAUUAGAGAAAUGAAAUGAAAACUUUAAGAUAUAAUCUGGCAAUUCUCAUAUUUAUGGGAUCAAUAAAAUUGAUAGCAAACUGUGUUUAAAAAGUUUGGAAAAAAGUCACUCUCUUAUGGUAGCUGUAAGUUGUAUAAUAAAUUGGGAGAAAAAGUCCUAAUACUUAUUAUAUUUUAAUGGAUGUAUGCUUUGAUCUAUCAUAUUAAUUUAGAAAAUACACACUUGCAAAAUUAUAUAUAAAUACCUACAUCCAUACACACGUAUAUCUAAGAGGUCCAUUGCAGCAUUGCUUUUAAUGGCAAAAGACAGCAAACUACAUAUAUGGACAUUUAUGUGGGUUUAGUGAUACAAAUAACUUUAGUGCAUACAUAUAGUGAAAUACCAUGUAGCCAGUAAAUAAGUUCACAAAGGUGCUUAUAUAUAGUAAUAUAGAACAAUGUUCAAGAUAUAUUGUAAAGUAAAAAAAAAAAAAAAAUGAAGUGCCAAAGAGUGUGUAUAGUGUGAUU